CGGAGGGACGGACUGUCAUCUGUACUAUACAUCAGCCCUCGUCUCCAGUCUUUGAACUCUUCGACAGUCUAUUACUUAUGGCCGACGGAAGGGUAGCUUUCAUGGGGUCCAUCGGUGAAGCAAAAGAUUUCUUUUCAUCGCAAGGAUUAGAAUUAUGUGAUAAUUAUCUCGAAUGGAAUGCAAAUAAAGUUAACUCUGGAUAUAAUGUGGAUAAUAUAUGUCCAUUAAACUUGGCAACACUGGGAUCGGGAUAUAGGGCUGGUUAUUGGGAACAACUGGUUACUGUAUUGUGGCGAUCAUACAUUGUUCUCAUGCGGAAUCCCAGUUUGAUCCAAACUCGGCUUGCUUGUAUGACAGUAUUAUUUGGGAUACUCUACUACGGACAGGGAUAUGACUACUCCAACGUCGAUAAUAUCAAAGGGGCUCUUAAUAUGAUAUUACAGAGAACUUCAAUGUCACAGUCAAUGGUCGCACUCACUACAUUAAUAGGAGAAGAAGCCUUACUUUUUAGGGAACACCACAACCGUACGUACGCUUUGUUCCCAUAUAUAUUGGCGACCAUUAUUACCCAGGUAAUGUUUAAAUAUAAUAUGAUACAUUUUAAAACUAUC